AUGUCGAGCGAAGACAGCGAGCUUUACGAGGUGCAGGGCAUCGUAGGCUACUCUCGCAGUCGCAAUGAGGUGAGUCCGAGGGUUCUCGAGAUGGGAGAGGCGCGCGGACAAAGACGUACCAUACCAUACCGCACGCGCUUUUCCUUGCAUUUCGACGAUUCGUCAGCCUGCUUUGCUCACCCCUUCACCUGACGUCACUCGCGACAAUCACGAAUCUCAUUGACGAUUUGCAGUUUCGCGUCAAGUGGUCAGACUUGCCGUGCGGCGCAGACGAAUGGCAGCCCGCUCCGCACAUCGAAUGUCACUGCGAAGAGAUGGUGAAGCAGUUCAAGAGUCAAAAGCGAAUCGCUCUUGAUUCGCCCAUCGAAGAAUUUGACUCUGAUCAUGGAGACUGGAAGCAUUUUGAGGCGAAUGACGUGGUAGAGGGAGUAGCGUGCGCGCGUGGCGACGUGGCCAAAGAUACGAGCAGCAAGCAGAGCCGAAAGAGCGCAAAACAAGAAGCUAGACCCGAUUGUCAAAGGAAGAAACGACGAAGCGCUGCCAAGCUUCUGUACUUUGGGAACGGCGACAGCAGCGAGCUGACAUCGAUGGACGAAGAAGAUUCGGACGUGGACAAUUACGAACCUGGUGAAGCGAUGGGAGAAAGUCAGCAAGCGCAAAGAGGAGAAAGCAUCCAGGUCGCUUCCAGUCCAAGCGGCCCCAGCGAGCGCACUCGAGACUCGCCCCUGCCCAAAUGCCAUCGGGUCAGAAAUGAACACCACACGCACCCCAUGUGCAGUCUUGCCAGCAGGUCUCAAAGCAAGCCCAAAAUUACCAAGCGAAGUUCCGCGCAGGGUACGAGCAAUGGCGCCGAUGACGGAGUGCAGGACGCAACAAAUCGGGACGCCAAGUUGGCACCUUCCACCGUGGCCACCGUUCGAAUCGGCGGUAAAUCUGCAGAUUUUCAUUUCGCUGGACUAGUGCCAAAAGCCCCUGAAGAGCAGAGGGACGUGAGUUGGACGUUGAGAGGGUGCUGGCAGCGCCAUGCUGAGCGUCAAAUGUCCUGUCUUACCCCACCUGGUCAAUUCCAGAGACACUGCGAGCUUCUGCCUGCUGAUAAAGCACAUCUUCUCAAGACCAUGAGCCUUUGUGAGUGCUACGAUCGAGUCUAGGGACAGCGGCAGUGCUGAUCGUUUCCACUUGCUGUAGGGUUCAUGGAAGGGGGGCCGUUCGAGGGUCUCAAUAGAUGGGCUCACUUGCAAAAGACGGCUGGUGUUCCUCUCGAAGCGGCAAAGGUAGCUUGAAUGCUGCGAUUUUGCACCGCUGCUUCCAGUGCUGACAUCAGAUUGUUGACCCUGAUGUCCUCGUCCUGCCGCAUCGUUAGAAGGCACAAGGAGAGACCGUCAGGACCGUGAUGACCCGUCUACUCACAUCGGCAGUUAUGUGGACAGCGGCCGGCAGCACUUCUGCCAACUUGAGCUCUAAGACUGGACGAGUGAGCCUGCUGCAGCUGGCAAGGAUGUACGAAGAGGUGUACAGGUUGUGGAGAGGCAAGGGUUCAAGCACUCAUACACCAGAUUGGUGAGUCAGGGUAGCACUAGUCUUCCUCAUAUAUUGCAGCAGAGCUCAUGCUGCAAAGAAACGAUUGGACGGCACAGGAGAGCUAUGGCUUUGGAGAGGAACCUCUCGUGUGAGCCGGAUCAGGGAGCUUCAAGAGGCAACGAACGCUUGCGGCAAGUCGCGGAAAGGACGGUGGUUGCGGUGCUCAAAGCCGUCGCUGGAGUCGGUCUCCAAGCGAAGAGUUGA